CAUUCUGCAGGGGCAGGGAUGACCCCUUUCACUGCACCAAGUUGCAUAGGCAGCGUAUAUAAGAGCCAUCGCCGCGAAGAAGAAUCACAAGUACAGACCCAACUGCAACUCGAGACUUUUCCGCCAAGAUCUCGUCUGAUUAUGUACACUGUUAAGGUGUUGAUGGUGGUCGCACUUUGUGCGACGCGGAGUCUCGCGGCGCCCCAACGUCCACCUCCGGGUGGUGCGGAUAAGGAUGCGGUGAUAACGUCUCAACAGCUCGACGUUAAUUUCGACGGAAAUUACGUUAACAACUUCGAAACCAGCAACGGGAUCAGCCAUCAAGAAUCGGGAUCGCCGAGACAAGUGGACGGACAGACUCCGGUGGUAUCCGCUGGUGCCGAUUCGUACGUGGCACCGGACGGACAGCAAGUCAGUUUUACCUGGACAGCUGACGAAAAUGGAUACGUAGUACAAGGAUCGCAUAUCCCGACGGCUCCGCCAAUACCUCCAGAAAUCCAAAGAGCUCUGGAAUGGAACGCGGCCCAUCCCGAGGAGGAGAACGAGGGUGUGAAACCACUACCCGGAAGAGGGUAAUCAGCGUGGAUUUCAACGUCUCUAACCUGACCUGAACAAACACCUGCUAGCCCCGGACACAACCGACCCCAAGCCCUGGACGCACCCACAAGAAUAAAUUUAGGUUUCAUAUUUACUAUAGAAUACACAUAACAAUGCAAAGCAGUUUUUUGAAAAAAAAAAGCGUGUGAUCAACGCGCGAUAACGUUAUUUUUGUAAAAAAAAAAAAAAACCCAAUCAACUAAAAAAGAAAAAAAAAAAAUAAUACUCAUAUAAUGUUCAAUGAAACGCCUAACAGCAACACGCUACUGUGCCAACGGAAAACGCGAAGUGCAACUGCAAAUGAACGUUGUAGGCCGGGCCCAGGUCUUCCGAUCAUUUUUCAGAUGCCGAUUAUCUAGACGUGCUAAUACAUUUUUGUACAUGCGUAUAGAUGAUGGUUCGUGUGAAUUGUACGCCAAUGCAAUACACACGAAUCUUAAGCGUAUAACUAGAUUGUGAUUUUUAUAUGUAAAUAAAGAAUUUACUUGAAGUUAA